AUGAAUCUAAUUUUUCAGGAAUAUCAACGUCUUCAUUCAAUAAGUGAACAUCAAAAAGAUCUCACCCAACGCAGUUCCCCUCCAACAUCUUACCCUCGCUGUGGUUCAGAAUUUUUUGCUCGUGCAUCGGCUAGAGGAUUUCCAACUUCUGCUUCAGAUACAAGAUUGUCUGGCAAAAUAAAUCAUCAACAAGUAAAUCAGCUCCCAUCAAUUCCCAAAAAUAAAAAUCAAAAUGUUUCGGAUACCCGAACAAAUCAAAACAUUGGAAGUCCUCCAACAACUGACAGAUCAACAAAUAAAGCUACUUUAAAUUACACACAAAUUCCAGCUGUUUGUGGAAGUCGUACUUUAAGUAGCCAUAUUUUAUGGAGAAGUGCUUGUCGUAGAGAUAAUGUCAGUCAUCUUCCAACGGCCCCACAACAAGUAGCAAAUAGUUCAAAACAACAACCAUUUAUUAGAACAAAUCAACAAUUUACUGGUUUUCCUGACGGCAAUAAUUCUUUUGAUGCUGAUGAAUUUUUGGAUGUGAGGGAUGAAACCCACACGAGAGACUUUCGUUAUCCUUUUUCUGAUCUUUUAAUUUGGGCUGUUUUAACAAAAAGACACGAUAUGGCUAUUUGUAUGUGGCAACAUGGACAGGAGGCUUUAGCUAAAGCUUUGGUAACGUGUCGUUUAUAUAAAAGUUUGGCUAAGGAAGCGGCGGAAGAUUAUUUGGAAUUGGAAGUUUGUGAAGAAUUGAAGAAAUGUGCUGAAGAAUUUAGACAGUUAUCUCUUGAUUUACUUGAUCAUUGUUAUAAAGAAGAUGAUGCUCAAACUUUACAACUAUUAACAUAUGAAUUAGCUUAUUGGGGAAGAGAAACGUGCCUUUCACUUGCUGUUUUGGUUAACAACAAACAAUUUUUGGCUCAUCCUUGUUGUCAAAUUUUGCUGGCUGAUUUAUGGCAUGGUGGUUUGCGUAUUAGAAGCAAUUCAAAUUUAAAAGUGAUUCUUGGUAUAAUUUUUCCACCAUCUAUUUUUCUACUUGAGUUUAAAUCUCGUGAGGAAUUAAUGCUUCAACCUCAAACGGCUGCAGAACAUCAAGAAGAUAUUAACGAUUCUUCCUCUUCGUCAUCAGAUUCUUCCGUUUCUUCGCCCUCCUCUUCUCCAUCAGAAAGCGAAAAUGAAGAUGUAGAUUCUGAUUAUGAUUUAUCUGAGAAAACUGGUGGAGCUUCUUUGAGUGAUAGACGACGAAGAGUUUCUUCUAGGGGGAGUAUGCAAUCAUUAAAUUUUACAUCGAUUUUUCAAAGCAAGAGGCGAAGUAAACGUUCUUCUCACAUAAAUGCCUCAAAUAGCCUCAAUACUCAGGAUCUUGAGCUUGGGAAAGUUUCAAAUCAAGACGAACCUUCUGUUGGACGGAGCCGUUCAAAUGCGAGAGAAUUGCGAAGGCCCAAAACGAAAACCAGAGCUGAACGACAGAGGAGAAUAAAUGCUAGUAAUGCAGCAACUGUUGGUGGUCAAUCAAUAAUCGAAACUGCAGGAGGAGAUACGUCACCAUCAGAUUAUUCCCUUUCCAAUCAAAUUUCAAAACCAUCAUCACUUCCUCUUAAAUCUUCAUUAAAACUUCCAACAACAGUAACACCUUUACAUAUAGACGUUAAUGCUUAUCAUCAUCCUCAAUUUUUAUUGGGAAAUGAUGAUAUUGUUACGAGUGGAAAAGAAGAAGAGAAGGAUUCUAAUUCAAUUCAAAGAAAUUCUACUUCUACAAUUUCUGAUGAAGUUGUUAAAUUAUCUGUUGAUAAAGAACAAGAUAUUCCUUCACCUGAUCGGAACCCUUCAGAUAGACCUUUCAUUCAUCAAACGAAAUCAUUUCCAUUCAAUAACCGCUGGAAAUUUGUGAAAAACAUUGGAGCUGGAAUUGCUACAAACGAUAAACCAAAAACAAUGGAACAUCCUAAUAGCAGGUUAACAAUUAGUGGAGGACAUGUACCAAAAGGAAUUCCUUUGCCAGAGGGGGUGACGUUAAAUAAAAAGCGUCAAAUAAAAUUUCGUCGCAAAGUUUAUGAAUUUUUUGUUGCUCCAAUAACAACUUUUUGGGCUUGGAUGCUUAGUUUUGUUGUGUUUUUAUCCACCCUUACAUAUGUUUUGCUUAUUCGAACUCCACUUAAACCAACAUUUUUGGAAUGGUAUUUACUUGCUUAUGUUGUUGGUUUUGGGAUUGAGACUGUUAGAAAGUUUGCCAUGUCUGAACCAAAAAAAUUCUCAGAAAAAGUUCAAUACUUUUUUGGUAAUUAUUGGAAUUUUCUUACAACAGUUGCUAUUCUUGGUUUUGUUGUUGGUUUUAUAUUCCGUUUGAAUCCGUCAACAAGUAAAAGUGUUGGGCGAAUAAUUUUAGCUGUUGAUUCUGUUCUUUGGACAAUUAAAUUGCUGGACUUUUUGGGAGUUUUUCCACGUUUUGGACCUUAUAUUACAAUGGCUGGGAAAAUGAUUAUGAAUAUGAGCUCAAUUGUUGUUAUGUUGGGAAUUUCUUUAUUAGGAUUUGGUUUGGCACGGCAAUCAAUUACAUAUCCAAAUGAAGAUUGGCAUUGGUUAUUGCUAAGAAAUGUUUUUUAUAAACCUUAUUUUAUGUUAUAUGGAGAAGUUUAUGCUGAUGAAAUUGAUACUUGUGGAGAUGAAGCCUGGGACGAACAUCUUGACAAAAACAUUUCUAUAUCUACAGCAUGGACUCAUCGUGAUAAUAGAGACAAAGAACUAGCUUGUGUUCCUGGCCAUUGGAUUCCUCCAAUUUUAAUGACUGUAUUUCUUUUAAUUGCAAAUAUUUUAUUAAUUAGUAUGUUAAUUGCUAUUUUUAACAACAUUUUUGAUUCAACAAUAAAAAUAUCUCAACAAAUUUGGCUCUUUCAAAGAUAUCGUCAAGUAAUGGAAUAUGAAGCAACACCUUUUCUUCCACCUCCAUUUACCCCAAUUUAUCAUAUUUAUAUGAUUUAUAAAUAUUUAAAUUAUCGAAAUGGAUCUUUUUGUAUUUGUUUUGCAUUUUUAACGAGGCAAUUAAACAACAGAAAAUUUUUUAAACGAAGAAAAGAUGUUUUGGAGGAAGAACCAAAGGAAGAAAAAUUGGAAGAAAAGCAACAACAAUCAAAUAAAAAUGAUGAAAUUAAUAAUAAAAUACCUCCACUUGCUAAAAAUGCUUUUGAACAAAGACAAAAUCUUCAAGAAAGAGCCAGAAAUUAUAAUAAACAAGAACAAUUUGCUCUUUUUGAUUUUUCUUUGAAACUUUUUCUGACUGACGAACAAGUCGAAAAAAUUCAUGAAUUCGAAGCUGAAUGUAUGGAAAAUUUAGCUCGUGAAAAAGAACUUGCAAGAAAUCGUUCUAAUGAAGAAAGGCUAAACAGGACUUGUGAAAGGUAG